UGGUGACGCUGCUGCACUGCGCUCUUGCUGGCUUUCUGCAGAUUACGGACGAGAGGGAUGGGUACGUGGAUGCGGCUGUCACUGUCGUGUGCGCUGGCAUGGAUCUGCUGCUGUACGGCGUUUCUGGAAGACAAAGAUCUUUACCUAGAAGGUGUCGAGUUUAGCCGUACGUUUGACGGCUAUUACAUCGGACCUAUACACGCCGACCAACAGCAUUACAUCGGUGAUCUUGUUCAUGAUUUGGACUCAUACCAGCACGAACGUGAAACGAUAUCGACCGAUUGCUCAGAGUUUGAGUGCAACAUUACUGUCAAGUGCCUCUCUAGCCGUAAUCUCGUUCAGCUGUGGGAAAACGGUAUUGCCAAAGAUGAGCAAGUGGUAGCUUUGUGCCCAGAUGUGAUACGAGACGAAGCAUCAAAGUCUUGCAAUGUGCUUGUGGAGAAGGAGAAUGAGUGGAAUAUAACUACCAGCUAUUUGAAACCUACUCAGUCAGAAGUAUGGGGAUAUGGCAUACUUUCGCUCGUCAUCAUCACAUCUUGCUCAGUGACAGGCAUGCUACUUCUGCCCAUAAUGAGCAAAGAUUUCUACAGGAAGAUUCUCGUGUUUUUCGUCUCCUUGGGAGUUGGAAGUCUGUGCGGAAAUUCAGUGUUCAAUCUCAUUCCACAGGCAUUGGAACUAUUCAAAGAUGAGUCACAGGCUUACCUUUGGAAAAUGUUGCUGGUGGCCUGUGGUAUCUAUUUGUUCUUCCUGACUGACCGCAUCAUGAAGUUCCACAUGAAAGUCAAGCAGAAGAAACGCACGGCGCGAAAAUUGCGUGCGCUACUUCAAGGAGAUGAUUCCUCUUCUACUACGGAAAGAUUGAGUGCCAUGAAUCCAACUGAAGAAGAAUUGGACCCUAUGUACAAUCACAGCAUAGCCAUGCCAUUAGACCAAGCACAGAAAAAACAUGGUCAUGAGCAUAUCCCAUUUGGAGACGAAGAUCAAACGAUUGCUACUGUUGCUUGGAUGAUCAUGUUUGGUGAUAGUAUGCACAAGAUUGUCGAUGGGCUGUCAAUCGGUGCAGCGUUCUCCGAUAGUAUAUGGGUCGGCAUUAGCAUAACACUGGCUGUCUUCUGCGAAGAGUUUCCUCACGAACUAGAUGCCGGAAAUGACAGCAGACCUGGAAGAAGCGAUAGAGGAAGGAAAUGGAUUCUUUGUGUUCUGUCUGCAGAACUUGGGCAUCCUCACUGGGGGUACCAUAAUGUUCGUCAUGGCUCUGUAUGGUGGGAAAUUGUCUGUCAAUGCAGCAGGAACAUAACUGCUAUAAUAAUUACAUUCUAUCAUCAUGAAAACAGCGGGGAACCUUUUUGGCUGCUCUAUUUACGACGUUCAUAGCUGUCAUAGAUCUCGAAUGUUUUCCGUCCCAAAAGUUGAUCUAUGGAAACGUGUAUUCUCAAAAGAGUAAUGCUCUCUGAUACAUACAUUGUUGAUAGGUGUCCAGGUCAUCCGUAAAGCUAUCUAAAAAUGCCACUUCGUUGCUACACGUUUAAUUUAUAGCACUGCAUGCCACACAUAACUGUGAUCAGGUGUAUGCAGUAUGGCAACGGGUUUAGAUAAUUUAGCCACAGAACAUGGACUGUAUCUAUAUGGUAUGUAGAUGGUAUUUAUUUACCUUUUGGAUAGUUUGUUGGUAUGUAUCCAGUGGCUCUGCUAUUAACAUCUAGCAUUGACAAUAGACACGUUUUGACUGUAGCAAUUCUUUGAGUUACCUGUUCAGAGUACUCUUUACAAGAAUGUGUAGCACCCCCAAUUCUGUGAACGUUAAGCGCAUACGCCAUCAAAUGACGUCAAUAGAGGUCCGUACGUAGAAGGGACGGAUAGUUAAGCGAGUCGUAAUAUAACAGUAGCGCUUGAGACCGUUUUGCGGAUUCUUAAAGAGAAUAAUGCACAACCUAGGCUGCUUCUCUCUCCCGAUUUGGGGUUACCCACUGCUACGCGGUGAACAGAAAGCGUGGUACGUCUCUUUGCACUGACAAAACGAUGAUAAGUUAAUUCGCACAGUCGAUAUAAUAAGUUGAUGGCAACUUGCCACUAGUAGCAAAAACUAAUUUGCUUAAAGAAGCAAGCUGCGCAACCACAGGCGCAGUUUAUUUUCGGGAAGGGGGCUAUAGAAGACAAUUAAGGGAGACGAACGAAUAAACGUUCGGUCAAUGUUCGUCGUGUUUGUAUCUUUUCAUAUUUCAUUGUUUGCUUGUUUGCUUGUUUGCUUGCUUGUUAACAUUACACUGUGAUAGCUACUGGUACCGUUGCGUAUAGUUAUUUCCGCAUUGUUAUCUAUUUAUGCAUUCCGAUCUCUAGAAGGGAUGGAUGUACAUAUUGACUUGGAACACUGUAAAUAAUUGCGUUUUACAUUAAAACGACUGUGAUGCAUGGGCCUAAUUUCAUUUGAAUGAUGAUUGUUCAGGUGAAAUAGCUAGGUGCUAGGUGUUAGGUGCUAGGUGCAAUUGCGUUACAUAUGCGCGUCUACUGUACAUGGUAUCGCAAUAAGUAAAAUACCUGCGGUGUUCACGUUCGUGAUGAUAUAAGGGUGAAAAGUCAUUGUACGUUGGUUACAGGGUUAGGGUCGAGUCAGGGGUUAGUGAGGAAAAGGCCAGAUUUUAACCUUGUAUAUUCAGUAGUAAUUCAUUAUUUUUAUGCCGUUACUUGAAAAUGUAUGAAUGCGAAGAAUUUUGGUAUAUAUGAUGUAGGCAAAACAGUUAUGUGAUUGUGCCAUGUGCCGCUUUAGAUUGCAUGAGUAUAAUUUGUAAUAAUUUAUACUGUAGUGAUUGCUAUGCGCAUUAUCAGUAAUACAAAUAAUAAGAGAAUUACCAUUUUCCGUCUACGAUGAUGACCUGUCCUGGGCUCAAUUAGUCCAUGGUGUCUGUAGCAACAGCGUGCGUGGAAGGUAAUUAUUCUUUUUAUUGUGCAUUUUACAAGGAUAUGUAAUAAUUAUAGCGCAGGACCUUGUGCGACCUCGAAUGUGAAUACUCUAGUUUUAUACAUUGCGAUCUCAAGAAGAGAUGGGUGUACAUAUUGAGAUGGAAUAGUGCAACUGUAAAUACGUGUUAGGUAUUAAUCUAACAGAUAUUUUUAUACAUUGCGACCUCGAGAAGAGUUCAAUGGAAUAAUGUGUGAAUGAACCGUAUACGCGACAACACCAACAGAGAUUACCAGAUUGUAAUAUGAAUAUGAGGAAGCCUAGUAAUUGUUCCGUUUUUGUAUGGACGAAUAUCAAACGAUGCUCUCCACUGUGCCACGAUCCAGACAAGCAGUGUCUGACGUGGACUUCUCUAUAUGUAACUUUGCUCUGUCAUUUGUGUAUGACCCGAAGUUGUGUAUGUCAUUUGUGUGUGAUUAUAUGGCGUAAAAAGCGCUCCUGUAGCGGUAAAUCAUAUCAAAAGUUUAUAAAUCAUGCAUAGGGUUUCUGGGGGUUAUAUUCCCGUAAAGUCCAGGGGUUUAUAUGCUAUUGAUAUAAUAUUUUGAUGAAUAUUUUAUAAUGAUUGAAUAUGCAUAUUCAUUCGUUUCAUUGGAUCUGAAAUGUCUCAUCUACAGGUGAUGUGCAGUAGCACCUCAACCUUUUUGUACCUUUAAUAGUUUUGACUUCGUUUCCGCCCCAUGUUAACGUCAGAUAUGACACGACUGUGUCCAGAACACGAAUACUUGUUUCAUAAAGAUGAUAUCGAAUAAAAAAAAGGUUAAACAUA